AUGGAUGUUUUUGGAUAUGUCCUAUAUCGGAAUUUGAAUGUAUAUGUAGUUGGUGAAGUUGGACACCCCAAGGCGAAAGUUAUUCGUAUUGUGCAUAUCUCAGAUACAAGGGGGGCACAUGAUGCCUUCACAGAAAAUAUUCCACGAGGACAUAUUCUGAUUCAUUCUGGCGAUUUUACAUCUCACCCACCUUCGCUCAGCCUCCGCUUUUCAACAUGGUGUAAGAGUAUAACUGGUAAACUUCCUCGAUUUAAAAAGCGCCAUUCAUCACCCAUUAAAAACUGGAAACAACAAAUCAAAGAGAUUGAUAAUUUUUUUGCUCAACAGCCACAUGAUUUUAAAAUCUUUGUUCCGGGUUGCUGGGAAACAUGGUAUUCGGAUUCAUCUGGUGACUGUCCUACGCCUGAAAAAAUUCAGUCUCAGCUGACAUCAGCCAUUUAUCUUGAAGACUCCUGGUGUCAGGUUUUUGGGUUGACGAUUUACGGUAUUCCUUGGACUUCAGCUGACGACUUAAGGCCAGAAGACGGAGCAUUUGUACAGAAGCAUUUAAGUCAUUAUACAAAUUUUAAACUUAAAACUUCAAUUAGCUGUCUGCGAUUAACUGAAAAAGUUAAUGGUCAAACAUCAUCCAAACCCACCACUACCGUCUCUAGCCCAUGUCAGUCUAAAGGUUUUGUGCUGCCUAAUAUUGACGAUGUUUCUAAACAAUGGAUGCAUAUUCCAGAUAAUACUGAUGUCGUUGUAACUCACAUGCCUGCAUGGCGUCCUGAACUUUACGCCCAUAUAGCCGAUCGUGUUAAACCUGUUUUACAUCUAUGUGGUCAUGAUUUUGCUGGGUAUGGAGUGAUGUGGAAAAAAGGAACUCUCUUUUGUAAUGCUGCUUUACAGCUCACUUCAACAUUUCCGUCUACUGGUUUACCUAGGCGUCAUUCCAAAAAAUCAGUUAAAUACAAGUCACAUGAUUCUAAUGAGUAUUCUUAUGCGCUUGGUGAUUUUCGGGAACCCCCAUUGUACACAGCGAAACCCAAUGGUCGACCCCGACCUCCAAGAUGGCAACGAGGUUUACCAAAACAACUAUCUCGUUUAUUUUCAACUAACCAAAGUUCCACUGGUUGUUCUUUUUUUCGGCGUACUCGUACACUCAGUUCUGUUGUAGUUACACCGACACAGAGUUCAAAAGCUGCAGUAGCUCAUACCAGCGCUGAUAUUGGAUUUAUAUAUGAUCCAGAUAUGCGUGCCGGGGUUGGUGCAAUGGCUGUUAACGAUCCAACAUGUAGUGGUAGUACACAUAUAGGAUAUGCUAGCGGUGGAACUGGUUUUUCUGGCAGUAAUGUAUGCUCUUCUGCUUGUCGUCGCAGUCCUAUCGUUGUAGAUGUUUAUGUUGUCAAUGAUGAUCAAAGUGUAAUCCUUCCCCCAUACGCCAGUUCUCUAAUAAAGAUAUUAAAUACUCAGGAAUGUACAAUUCAUGAUUAA